AUGCGCCCAUCUGCACUUUUUGUCAGUACUGUUUACGGCAGCCUUGCUGCCGUGACUGCAGCCCUCCCAACCCCUGAAUGUUGCUCUAUCCUAGCAAAACAACUGCCGAAGAAUGUUUUUACCAGCAAUUCCAAGACAUGGGAUACCCACAACAAGGAUUUCUGGUCAUUGACUUCGAUUCUCGGCCCAAGCUGUAUUUUCCUCCCUGAGACAAGCGAUCACGUCUCCAGGGCAAUUCCCCUUCUCACAGAGAAUGACUGCAAAUUCUCUAUCAAAGGUGCCGGGCACAGUGCCAUCCCAGGCGCUGCUAACAUCCAUGAUGGGGUUAUGAUGGCCAUGGCUUGGAUGAACUCCACCGAUGUCCAUGAUGACUACAUCCGCGUUGGAGCCGGUACACAUCUCGGUGAAGUGUACAAGGCCCUUGACCCUCAUAACAAAGCAGCUGUCGUCGGCAGGUUUUCAGAGGUUGGGCUAGGAAUGGUUGUUGCCGCUGGCAUCUCAUUCUUCUCCAACAGUGAAGGCCUUGCUAUAGAUAAUGUUGUCAACUUCGAGGUUGUCGUAGCCAGCGGUGAGAUCGUCAAUGCAAACGCCACAAGCAACCCCGAUCUGUUCUGGGCCCUGAAAGGGGGCAAUAACAACUUUGGUGUCGUUACUCAGUAUAGCCUGGCUACGAUUGAUACUGCAGGGAUGCUCCAUGGCGGCGUGAUCACCUACCCUGAAUCUUCCUUUGACGAGGUGGCGGAUGUUAUAUAUGAUUACCACACCCAUCAAGCGGUGGAUGAUGUCCGUACGCAUUCACUUCCCCAGUAUGCCUAUGAUGGCGCCACCAACGAGACUACAGCCGGCAUUCUGGUUGCAUAUAACGAUGCUGUGGAUGAACUUCCAGAGAUUAUGCAGCCAUGGCUCAAGAUUAACUAUACGACAAACACCCUCGGCAAGAAAACAUACAGCGAGCUAGCAGAAGAACUUAACGGGCGAUUUGCUGGGGAUGGCUUUGUUCAGGAACAACGAGUGUUUACAGUAUAUGCCGAUGCCCAAUUUUACAAAGAUGUCUGGUUCAAAUUCCGUGAGUGGUUCCAGAACUAUCGCGAUAUCCCUGGAUUUCAAGGAUCCCACGGAAAUAUGCCAAUUACCCCCCGACAGGUCGAAGAAGGUGUUAAAAAGGGCGGAAAUGCACUUGGUUUACAAGAAGGCUCUCAGGAUAAAACUCUUGGAAUCAUCUACUUCGGCGUGACAUUCAAAGACCCCAGGGAUGCCGAUAAGGUCUUGCCAGCUCAUAAAGAGUUUGUCGAAUCUAUGAAAAAGUUUGCUGAAGACCGUGGAGUGCUUCACCCUUUCAUUAUGCUCACAUUCUCCGGGUACGAUCAGCCUGCCAUUGCAAGCUAUGGAGAGAAGAAUGUAGCUAAGCUGCAUGAAGUUGCUGCCAUGUAUGACCCCAAGGCAGUCUUCCAGCGUCUUGUCCCGGGUGGUCAAAAGCUGCCGGCUCGCGAGUAA